AUGGACGACCCACCGCCCAUGACGGCUGCUCACCACCACUACGCGGCACCGCGGGGACGCCAGCUCGGCACAAUUCCGGAACAACACGCGACGACCGCCGGCGGACCACGGACAACCGACGAUUUGCUUGUCAACCUGACACCACGAGCUGCCGUCGAAGCUUUCCAGAACCCCUCGGGCUCCCUCAAAACAUCCAUCGAUGCCGCGACACCCUUCGAACAGGCCUUUGCCAUGCGGGCCGCCAUUGCCUCGAGCAACAUUGCGGAUUGGCUCGAAGACCUUUCCAGCUGGCCAUGGCCCAAGGGAGGAGGUUCUGCCGGAUUUGAGAUGCCAAUGGCAAAGAGGAGGAGAGUUUCCAAUGGAAUUGACCGGGCGGACGAAGACGACCAGAUGUACAUUGGCAGCCUCGAGGUCUCUCAGGUGGUCCGGUACGAGAAGCGCAUUGACGAGAUCAACAAGGGUCUGGAGAAGCUCGACAUUGAGGAGAUCAAGACGCAGGUGCUACGCAACCACAUCAUGCCGCUCUCUAGACCGGGGACCCCGUUGUUGGACUCGGGCCGUUCCGUCUCAUCUGCCCUCUCCACCUUGGCAAGGAUGGACGAUCUCACGGCGCUGCUCACGGCCACCCUCAUGCAAGCGCUGCCGAAUAUCUCCAAGCUCACCAGGUUGCUGAGCAUCUGGACAUUUCGCCUGCUUGUUUUGCGCAGGAUUCCCGUCUUUUUGAAGUCGCUUGCUGAUGCCGAAGUGGCGCUUCAGUCUGGGUGGCACGCGAUUGGUGUCAAGUCUACGAAGACGGAUGCUGCUGAUACUGCCAGCUCGAACGGACCCCCCUCGGGCACUAAUGGAGUCACGGUUCUUUCCCAGAAGGAGCACGAAGUGAUGAAGACGGUGCUCGAGCGCAAGGUCGCCAGAACCGGCCGGGACUUGGAUGCUAUGCUGGACCUGCUUGAAGGGCAGCUGGACACACUUCCUGAGGAAUGGAUUGACCGGGUGGACUCGUUGGAGCAUGAGUAUGGCGAGUGGACUGUUGCAUGCGAGCAGAAGAUUAGAGAAGCUGAGCUGGCAGAGCUUGCGCGGACGACACCUGAGCCAAAAACUCGGCGGGUCGCUUCUGGAGACAAGAGUCCCAUUCCUCCCCCAACGCCAGAGAGCAAGGCGGCCACAGACAUUGCUGAGCCGGCGGUUGUUGAGGGGGGAGAGAACAGCAUCUCUGAAGAGUUCAACACUUCUGCCUCAUCACGGCGAGAGUAUUUCCCUUUAUUUGGUAUGCCAGAAGAACCAACAAAAUCAGAGCCGCGCUCACAAGACGGCAUCAACAACGCGCCACAGGACCUCAGCAAGCGACUGGGCCUACCCAUCAAAUUUGACCGACCGGAUUGGCCAGCCAUCAAGGUCCACGAACCAGCCGAGGAAUACGACACCAACCCCAUCCGUUCAAGUCUCGACGGGACCCGGAAAUGGUCUCGGUUUGACGGAAAUGGUCACCUGGUAUCUUUUGAUGGUCUAGAGGAAGAGAAGAAGGAUUCGACUGGCUUGGCUGGUUCCUCUUCUGAGCAGGACCGUGUUUCGGACGCGCUCGACGGUACGAGCGGACUAGACACGACAGGGACCCCGUCGUACCGCUCCGAGGACGAGUACGAACUGACGGAUGUCUCGGAUGACUUUGUGCCGCAGCCGGAUCUGCCGGUAUUGCCCCGUUCCAGGAGAGCAAGCGAUUCCGGAACGGUGGUCCAUGAGGCCAGCUUGGCUAGGUUCAUGGAUUUCUCGAGCGACAGCCUUGACCAAGGUACCCCUGAGCGCCCUCGGCGGCGCGACGUUGAUCUUGCCAGAAGUCCCGCCGAGAGUUACCGAUCACCGAGCUCUCCACCAGCUCUUAACCGCGUGGCUAAUAGAUCCAUGUCGGUUAGCUUCAACGAGGAGCCCAUGAUCCGACAUCUGCCCAGCAUCUCGAGCUCUCCCAAGACGCCAAACUAUAACCAGUCCUCGUUGUAUGAUGAUGAGAUUCCAACACAGCCCAAUACCCCCGACAAGGCCAACGGCCCAGAUGAGAAGCUUCAGCAGCAGAUUAGCGACAUUCUUCAAUCGGUCCCAGCUAAGAUCCGGUUGACCUCAGUACUGCCGUCGAUCAACCUCAACCCACCCGACUUCAAGAUGCCUACGGCACGCAAGAUGUCCAACCCUAACCUCAAACGCAGUGUUUCCAACAUGUCCCUAAGAUCCAACGGCUCGCGAGCUGGCACCCCUUCUUUCACUCUUGCACCCGCUCUUGGCCGCACUCCACGGCAACGGCCCAAGCCCGGCAACCCGGAAAUCAAACUCUACCACCUGUCCCGUUCCAACGGCGAAGCACCCAUCAAGCUCUUCAUAAGAUGUGUCGGCGAGCGCGGAGAGCGCGUCAUGGUCCGGGUAGGCGGUGGCUGGGCAGAUUUGGGCGAAUACCUCAAAGAAUAUGCCAGCCAUCACGGCCGACGAUCCGCCGUGGCCGAGACAAGCAAGGUGGAAGUGAGGGACAUUCCCAGAUCUGCCACCGCCAUGGCCACGCGCGGCGACGGCACCCUCGGGUCGACACCUCCCAGCAGACCAACAUCUUCCCACAGACCGAUGUCCUCCCAGGCGACCAGGAAUGACGACUCCCCGGGUCAACUCAAGGUCCGCAAGGUGAGAAGAUCCAGCGCAGCUGUCGGGAGUGAGACGCCACUGGCAACGGUGACGGGACCAGGCAAUCGCAGCAACACGCCUUCGACUGGUGGAUCGAGGUCGAGUUCUAGGUUGAGCUGGCCUCAGGCUGGGGAGAAGGAUAAGGAGGAGGAGGUUGUGCUUGGGAUGGCGGGGCCGAGGGCGAAGCAGAUUGAGAUGAGCGAGGAGAGCAAGCAGUGGGUUGAGAGCGUGAAGCAGAAGGUUAGGCUUGCCAGUGGUGAGAAGAUGUUGCCUGCUUAUCCCUCUGGGGCGCCGGAUUUGGAGAGCAGGUUUGGGGAGCUGGGGAAGGUUGGGGCGACGAAGAGGCUGUUUAGGAAGCCGGGUGGGCUUUGA